AUGGAGAUAGGUCUGACGCGAGUCCGGCUGAAAGAUGAGGGGCAUGAGGACGAGGACGAGGACGAGCACGAGCACGAGCACGAGGACGAGCACGAGGACGAGCACGAGCACGAGCACGAGGGGGACGAGGAGGACGAGGGGGACGAGGAGGACAAGGGGGACAAGGAGGACGAGGAGGACGAGGAGGACGAGGAGGACGAGGAGGACGAGGAGACCAGGAAAGGUUGGUUCACCUUUGGCUCAAGGACAGGUUGA